AUGUACAAUGAUAUUACCGAAGAGAUGAACGCCAGAGUGAUUCAGAUGCGAGAGAAAUGCUCGGAGUUCGGCCUAGACCAGAGAGGAUUCAAGAAGUACCUGAAACCCGACCCCUGGGAGUACUACAUCAACAACAACUUCAACCUCGUUUGGUGCCCCAUUUUUAAGGCCGGCGCAUCUUCCAUGUUGUACAGUUUUUUGUUACUGUCCGGUGAAGUGACCGAAGAAGAUAUCGAAGAGACGCUGAAGAAAGACAAGACGAUGCUCCCCUUGGCGAGGAGUCUUUAUCCCAGACCGUCUGUGAAGGAUCUCGCGGCUGCCACCGAGGAGGAUGGAGGUUCCAUCGUCUUCCUCAUCGUCCGGGAUCCCUUUCAGAGGCUCUACUCCGCCUAUCAGGACAAGAUCCUCAACUCAUUUCCUGGAAGCUACCAUGAUGAAAUGGGUCAAAAGAUAGUUCGCAAGUAUCGGAAUUACUCCUUGAAGGAAAUAUCAACUUUAAAAAGCUUAUUCGACGACAAAAAGCCCACCUUUGAGGAAUUUGCUCGACACGUCUUGUCGCAGAACCGCCAUGGAAGUAUGGACAUGCAUUGGAUUCCAUACUAUCAAUUUUGCACGCCGUGUCAGGUCCAUGUGAAUAUGAUCCUGAAAGUAGAGAAUCUUGACGAAGAGCAGACUUUUUUGUUCGAGAAGAUCGGAGCUUUGGAUUUGGUUCAUCCUCGUUGGGAGAAUAGAGGCCACCCUUCCAAUAAAAUCAAAGAAGAGGAUGUGGUAAAGGUCAUCGCGAGACUUCCCGAAGAUGUCCUUCAAGGCCUCAUCGACAUAUACGAAAAGGAUUUCGAGCUAUUUGGGUAUUCCAUCGGGAAGUACAAAGUGACGAUAGACCACCCUUCGUAA